GGCUACACUAUAAAUGCUUACUGACAGCCACAGAGAAGCAUCAUUCAAUUUCGAUCGUUCACCGGAUUAGGUCGUAUAGCCACAAUAAGUGUAACCGGGAGCAGUAUGAAGAGCUUUGUAAUUCUAUCCAUGGCUAUUGCCAUCGCACUGGGCGCGGCUAUCGACAAGCCGCAGAAGGAAGUGGACGCCAAACAGGAUGAUGCCGUUGUGGCAGAAUCAAGAGUACACGAAAAGCGUGGACUUAGCGAACAUCGUUAUUCUUAUGGACACCACAUGGAAAUGUACAGCGAUUUUAAACCUUCCUAUGGGCACAGUGCUGAUGAUAGUGAAGAGCAGGUAAAAUAUUUCUACCCAACUCAUAAGGAACACAGUUGGACGAAUGGCAAGACUACCUAUCUUACUAAAAAGGUUCCAUACAAAGUGGAAGUUGAGAAACAUACCAUCAUUGAGAAGAAGGUACCAGUUCAUGUAGACCGUCCAGUGCCUUAUGCAGUUGAAGUCGAACGCAAGGUUCCAGUUUACGUCGAAAAACGAGUCCCCGUACAUGUUGAUCGCCCAGUUCCAUAUGAAGUGAAGGUCCCAUACCCAGUCGAGGUUGAGAAAAAAUAUCCAGUGUAUGUUGAGAAAAAGGUCCACAUUGAUCGUCCAGUCCCAUACCGCGUCGAAGUGGAAAAGAAAGUUCCAGUCGUCGUAGAAAAGAAGGUCCCAGUGCACGUCGACCGCUUUGUAGCCGUUCCAGUGGAAGUGAAAGUCCCAGUACUCCACAAGGUUCAAGUUGAAGUCCCUAAGCCAUAUACUGUCCAAAUCCCGAAACCUUAUCCGGUGUACGUCGAAAAGGAAAUUAUCAAACAUAUCGAGCGGCCGGUGCAUGUAGAAGUGGAGAAGAAGGUUCCUGUUCCAGUUGUUCACAGAGUUGAAGUUCCGAAGCCGUAUGCCAUCUACGUGCAACGACCGGUUCUUACUGAGAAGCAACAGCACGAUGACCAUCACCAUCACAGUGAACACGACCACAAGGACGAACCCGUGGCACUGAAAGUAACCGGAUUCGUGUCGGAACCGCUUCACCAUGACAAUCAUGAUGAAGAGUACCACCACCAACGCCAAGAACAACAACAUCACGCUCAUCAUGUUGCUGAACACCUAGCUCAGCACAAGGAUGAGCACGAUGCUAACGAAGACUAUCACCAUCAUCAGACUCAACACCAUCAGCAUCAGCAUGAUCGUUAUGAGCAUCAGCAGGCUGCAGAACACCACCAUCAAGAGCAGCAGCAACAUCACAAUGAUGCCGAACAUCAGCACGAGGAGCAUCAUCACAUUCCGCACUACAAGCGUGAGUCUAAACAGUGAGAUCGUUGAUUCGUUGAACCAGAACAAUCGAACCUAUAACUACUUCUCUAGUCUAUAUCUCUGUGUUCGUAAUGCCCGAAUGUUUGACACAGAAUGAUCCUGUUAAAUAUAUAUGUUGUUAUUUAGUAUAAUUAUACAUUUAUGAAAGUAUGUGUUGUGAUAGGUAAUUUGAUUCCUAACAGAAUAAUGAUGACAUCCGAUCCAGUGCUCCGAUGAUGCAAACACUAGCGCUUCGCGUCAAGAACAUUCUUCCCCUGUAAAAGCGAAUUUCUUUAUUCGCAGAGCCCACCAGGAGCUAUCUGGCAUCUCUUUCUUGCAUCGUAAUUCGCGAUAUCGCUUCUCUAUUCCUGCAUAGAUUUCCGCUGACUCCGUGGAUGUGGAUGAAAGAAAUUCGCUAUAAGGCAAUUCACACGGGUGACGUUUCACUGCUUGUACGUUUGUUGUUGUUUUUUUUUUUUUUCAAGUUGCAAAACCAAAACACAACCGAACACGAAAUCUUUUAAUGUCGGAAAACAAAAUUUAAAGUAAUAUUUUAUUGUUGUGUUGUGUUGUGUUGAUCACUAUCUCGUAGAUUGCUUUAUUGCCCGAAUUAUUUUGCACUAUUUCUCACGUUUUAAAUUGGCGUAAGACGCAAACCGUAAUAAACGGUUUUUUCAAGAAUCUUUUCUUUUGUAAUGAUCGAUAAGAUUAUUUAACUCAAGUUUUAAGUGUAGGGCGACAGAGUAGUUGACCCAAAACAAAAGAUACUUUAGAAUUAGGCUCUUUUUAUUAUUUAGAAGUAACGGGCUCAUUUGCGAAUUAUUCUGUUAACAGGCGGCAGUAAAGAGCGGAUCAACAUUGUUUUCAAAAUACAGAUGAAACUAUAAAAAAUUAGAGAUACUCAGAGAGAGAGAUAAGCGAUGAAAAAACCGCCAAUUUGGUAAUUAGGUUUCACAUGUCAGAGGUGCCAGAUCUCUUCUCAGAGCGCUAUGUUGACUAACUUUUUCAUUCGACUCGU